UCAGCUGCGGGAUAGGCAGACCGUCGGAAGUUUGUGGGAGAUGGGCUGGAAGUCCAGCACAGGCAGACCGAACGCUGCUGCACAGGAGUUUCCCAGCUGCUUAUAAGUGUGGUAAUGCUUAGUUUCAGAAAUGCCAUACGUAGAUCGUCAGAAUCGCAUCUGUGGCUUUCUAGACAUAGAGGAAAUGGAGAGCAGCGGCAAGUUUUUACGACGCUACUUCAUUCUGGACACCCUGGAGGGCAGCCUGGUGUGGUACAUGGAUAACCCUCAGAAUCUUCCAGAAGGAACAUCCUAUGUCGGCUCCCUCAAACUAACAUAUAUAUCCAAGGUUAGCGAUGCCACCAAAUUGCGGCCAAAGGCGGAGUUCUGCUUUGUCAUCAACGCUGGAAUGAGGAAGUUUUACUUGCAGGCGAAUGAUAAGCAGGAUUUAGUGGAGUGGGUCAGUGCGCUCAACAACGCCACCAAAAUCACAGUGCCAAAGUCAGGUGAGCAGGUGGCCCAUAAUACAGCAGAAGCAUGUGUGGACACAUCGGGUGCCACGAAACAAGUGUCCUACAAGACCGAAAUCAUUGCAGGAGUGCCCAUCAUCACCACCACACAGGAAAAGGGGGAAGGUCAGAAUGGUGCAGACAAGAGCGGGAUGAGGAAACCUCCUGGUCAGCUGCCAUUUUACCUGAGCCGGAGUAACCAAGACCAGUCGGUCAUUAAAGCUGGAUAUUGUGUCAAACAGGGAGCUGUGAUGAAAAACUGGAAAAGGAGAUACUUCUUGCUGGAUGACAAUGCACUAAGCUACUUCAAAUCAGACAUGGAGCGAGAGCCAUUACGAGUUAUUCCUCUGAAAGAAGUGAACAAGGUGCAGGAGUGUAAACAAAGUGACUUGAUGAUGAGGGACAAUCUUUUUGAACUGGUUACUACCUCAAGAACUUUCUACAUUCAGUCGGACAGCCCAGACGAGAUGCACGGCUGGAUCAAGGCUAUCUCUGGGGCCAUAGUGGCCCAACGGGGUCCUGGACGCUCAGCAGCCUCUGAGCACGCUGAACCCACCUCCGUCUUCUACUCCAAUGAACAGAGCCUCUCAACUCCUUGCUCACCCCUCCCCACUGAACUCCAUUACCCAGAAUGCCGUUCCCCCUCGGGCCCUCAGCAUGGUGUGGGAGGGGCCAGACCUGAACAGCCUGCGCCUGGGGCCACGAGCGCGCCUGUCGCUGCAGGAGUCGCCCCAAAUCUUCUUCAAGUAAACGCUGACGACUCGUCACCAUGGCAAUUCAGAAGCGGCGUAACACAGCCUCUGGAUAUCCCACAAGAUGAAGACCUGCAUGUUACCCAGGUGUAACAAUGUACUUGGUAUAUAACACACACACACACACACACACAUUACAACAAACUGUUAACGCCAAAAUCAGGACAUGGUUGAAUGUGAAUCGAGCCCAGUGCACCAUGGGAUAUGGAGUUUUCCCCAAUCAAGCCUCUUAAAAAAACUGCAACAAGUUCAAACCAGAAAAUUCAUUGAGACACAAAAAAGUUGCUGUUACCAACAGUUGGUUAUUUUCCUGUUACGACCAAAAACCGAUAUCAUAGUUAAUAUUAUAAAUCUAUUAUGUUUUUUUUUUCCUGUUUUUAAAUCUAAAAUACCAUGUACUUAAAGUGAAUUUAGUGGAAUCAGGCAUCAAAACACUUAAUGUACAGUCAAAAACUGGAAAAUAUAUUGUUUAAUAAAAUAAAGUAUUUAUUUUUAUUUAGAAAAAAGCAGAUAUAUAAUAAAAAGAACUUAGUUAAUAUUAAAACAGUAGUUUCCAGUAUUGACCUAAUCAAACUGAUACUGAUAAAUAAAUGAUAUGCUACAUAUUGCUGAUACCAAUAAGGCCACUGAAAUCCUUGAAUCCAUAAAUUCUGGUUUCUUUCAUUCAUUUGAAUUAAUCUGGGGGAGGACUUGUCCUACAGUAACAUAUUUCUUGUUCAGAUGCCAUCGGGCCUUGGUUGUCUUGUUUUUCAUUGGUGAUUGAAUUUCGUUUACUUUUUUUGUUGGAAUGAUUUAAGUAUAAAUUGAAUUGGACUUUGUGUUUGACCACAACAAGCUUCUACCGAUAUGUUUUGUAUUGCUGUAGAGAGAAUGUGUUUCGUGUUAUUAUAUUUCAGUGUAAAACACACUGCCACUCACCAUGAGGCAGCUCUCUUUUGGGAGCAAGACUCUUUUUAGUGGCACUUCUGUUUGUCAGAUGCAUGUGAACGUAUGACUCUGUAUAUCUACAUACAAAAAAAAAAACACUCCAGAUGUUUGUUAAAGUUAGACUUUACAAAAAGGUUCAAUUUGUUAACAUUAGUUAAUUCAUUAUGUAGGCUAUCAUGUACUUAGGAUGAAU